AUGAAUGUGUUGGAUGAUGAAGAUGACCAAAGCUUUCACGCUGCGCGUGACGGCUACUCCCAUUUGAGCGAUGUCGAAUGGGAUGCGGUUGAACGAAUGGGUUCAACCAUGGGCAUCCAUGCUGUUAGCGUCAUGCUAGAGGCUCUCAAUAUAGAUGCCCAACAUGCUACUAUCGCCAAGUUCAUUCAAAAUGAACUUGACGCAGAACGCGAGAAAGUAGCCUUGCUUCACCAACAAGGUUCUCAACAAGCAGAGUUGUUGAGAGAACAAGGUGCUCAACAGUUUGAACUGUUGAGACAGCAGCAGGCUGCUGCUGGCGGGUCGAUGCACUCGCGUCGACCCGAGACUUUGAAGAUUGACAUCUCCAAGGCGCGUCGCAUCGACGACGGGGAUAUGCAAGUUGCAUUCGCCCAGUCAAAUCUGGUAGGACGUGCCAAGACUUGGGCACUGGGGCUCAAGCUGCACGACCCAUAUGCGUUUGGGUCGUUGGAAGUCUUCAAGUCGCGGCUCAGACAAACGUUUGAACCGCCUAGAGCUGAGUUCAGAGCUCGGACCGAACUCUUGAAGCUCAAGCAAGGUAAGCGUGAUGUGCACGCUUACGCGCAACAUAUACGACAUCUCACGAGUUGUAUAAGUUCCAACCCGGUUGAUGAACACACGUUGGUUUCGGUGUUCAUGCAGGGUCUUGCGGAUGGUCCCGUCAAGACUCACCUGUUCCGGCUUGAACUAGAUUCACUAGAACAAGCCAUUUCCAUUGCGGAGCAGGAAGACUUCAGCCUGAGACAGGCUCGCGCCAGUUCGACAUCAUAUCGUCAACCGAGACGAUAUGACAACGGAGGUCCAGAGCCGAUGGAACUCUGUUAUGUAGAGAGCGAGAAGGCUCGCUCUACAGGCUACAAGAAGUUGCAGAAAUGCAACAGAUGUCGAAAGACAGGACACUACGCUUACGAGUGUAGUGCCCCUCGUCCAGUGUCUCGCGACACUGGGCGUAGUGACCGUCCACCCAUGAGAAAGGGGCAGGGACGAGGGUCCGCUGUUGGUGCAAAGACGCAACAACGGGAUGGACCGUCAAAAAACGGACAGGAUCAGUAG